AUGAUCCAUUGUAUUGCUCAUUCUAAUCAAAGCAAGGACAGGUUUAGUCUUACGAUUGUGUAUGGUUUUAAUGAAGAUAGUAAAAGAGUGCAGCUGUGGGAAGAUUUGGAAGAUAUUUCAGCACAAGUGCAGGGACCGUGGCUACUCAUGGGAGACUUCAACGAUAUCCCGCUCUCAAAUGAAAGAGUUGGAAGGAGAAAUACCAAAGAUCCUACCCAAGAAUUUAGAGAUUGUGUGGAUCAUUGUCAACUGGAAGACUUAAAACAUUAUGGGGCCUUCUUUACCUGGAAUAAUAAACAACAGCCGGAAGACAGAGUUUUUUCUAAGAUUGAUCGUGCCUUGGUCAAUUCUGCUUGGGUUGAUUCUUUCCAUCAUUCUGAGGCGGUUUUCUUACCUGAAGAUGCUGUGAAUUUUGAUGAAAAAAUUGCUAAAAGCUGGCAGGAAGGAGUUGUAGGGACUGAUAUGUUCAAACUGACAGUGAAGUUAAAGCGGCUGAAACAGGUGCUUAAGAGUAUCAAUAAGGAAGGUUUCAAUGACCUUCAAAAGAAAGAAAUGCUAGCUAAAGAAGUCUUACUGGUAUUGCAGGGCAAAGUCAAUACCGAUCCACUUAACAGUAAACUUCUGCUCGAGGAACAAGCAGCUAGGGAGCAGGAUACUAAAAUUUACAAGGCCUAUUCUCUUUUUUUAGCUCAAAAAGCUAAAACCUCUUGGGCUAAAAAUGGAGAUGACAACACAGCUAUAUUUCAUGCUUCUUUGAGGGCAAGGAGGACCCAAAAUCGAGUCUUUUCUAUUGAAGAUGAACAAGGUAACUGGUGUGAUACACCAGAAAGUGUUCAAAAUGCUUUUUUGCAAUACUUUCAGCAGCUGUUAGGCUCUACAAUGUCUCAAAGAUCUUAG